CGUCACGUCGCCUCGGUCUCUUACGUCAGAUACUGUUCCAGAAGCUGCUGGGCUGAGGCUCCGAGUCCGGUCCGGCUGGAAGGGGGGCGGGCAGGUGGUACUCGUUGCGCCUGGGGCGGAGAGGCGGAGCGCGGCCGACUGGAGAGGGAGCGAGGCGCAGCAGCCGCGUUUGGAGACGCCCCGGGAGCGCUGAGACAUCGCAGGGACCCCGGGACGUCGCAGGGACCCUGAGACGUCUCUGGAACGCUGGAGGCGGCCGAUCGGCGGUGGUGGCGGCUGGCAGAGACGGCUUCCCGGAGCUCCCCGGCUCCCCGGCGGAGCUCCCCGCCUCUUGGCUCGCCCCGGCUUUCCCAGAGCAGUGGGCGGUCCCGGGGCGGCCGUGGCCGCAGUUUCGCUCCGAGCCAGCCCAGCGGGAAGGGAGUGGGUUGAUUUCUGUGCCCCGGCCGCUCGGCGCCCACACUUCGAUGGUUGGUUCGGAACGCGAUGAGCCGUCCGUCCUCCACCGGACCCGGUGCUAACAAACCCUGUGGCAAGCAGCAGCAGCACCAGCAGCAGCAGCAGCAGCCCCCGCAGCAGCAGCAGCCGCAGCCGCAGCAGCACGCCCCGUCCCAGGCUGCGCCCCCGGCCGCCGCCACCAUCUCGGCUGCCGGACCUGGCUCGUCCGCGGUGGCCGCCGCGGCCGCAGUGAUCUCAGGCCCUGGCGGAGGCGGCGGCGGCGGCGGCGGGCCGGUCUCUCCCCAGCACCACGAGUUGACUUCGCUUUUCGAGUGCCCGGUCUGCUUUGACUAUGUGCUGCCCCCGAUCCUGCAGUGCCAGGCCGGGCACUUGGUCUGUAACCAAUGCCGCCAGAAGCUGAGCUGCUGCCCGACGUGCCGGGGAUCCCUGACCCCCAGCAUCAGGAACCUGGCCAUGGAAAAAGUGGCCUCUGCUGUGCUAUUUCCCUGCAAGUACGCCACCACGGGAUGUUCCUUGACUCUUCACCACACGGAGAAGCCGGAACAUGAAGACAUCUGCGAAUACCGGCCGUAUUCCUGCCCUUGCCCUGGUGCCUCUUGUAAAUGGCAGGGCUCACUGGAAGCUGUUAUGUCCCACCUCAUGCAUGCUCACAAGAGCAUCACUACCCUUCAAGGGGAAGACAUCGUCUUCCUCGCCACAGACAUUAAUUUGCCAGGGGCCGUCGAUUGGGUGAUGAUGCAGUCCUGCUUCGGCCAUCACUUCAUGCUGGUGCUGGAGAAACAAGAGAAAUAUGAGGGUCACCAACAGUUCUUUGCCAUUGUGCUGCUUAUUGGGACCCGGAAGCAAGCAGAGAACUUUGCUUAUAGACUAGAACUGAAUGGCAACCGGCGGAGACUGACCUGGGAAGCCACACCCCGUUCCAUCCAUGAUGGGGUGGCUGCUGCCAUCUUGAACAGCGACUGCCUUGUUUUUGAUACAGCCAUAGCGCAUCUCUUUGCCGAUAACGGGAACCUCGGAAUCAACGUGACAAUUUCAACAUGUUGUCCAUGAUGUGUUUUUGUAGCAUUAGCAAGCUGUAGACUGGUCAGGGCCUCGUAGUUUUACAAUUUAAUAAAAUGUUGUUGUUGUUUUUUAAAUUGUACUCAAAUAUGUCUUCACAUGUCAGAAUCAAAGAUUAACUGAUGUUUUAUAACAUUGUCUCUUAAUUGCCCUUCCUUGUUCUCUUGUCCCUUCCCCCAGCUUUCAUCCUCUUAUGAGUUAUUCUAAACCCACACUUAACUCAAAGAAACUGGGAUGCAAGGGCCUGAACUGUUCAGUUUGAAGGUGAGCAGAACGUAGCACAGGAAAGAAUGAAAGGAACUCAGAUUUAUUUAAUUCUUGAACACCUUUUUGACAAGUCUUUGGUUCUCUUCUGCCUUUGCUUAUCCCUCUAUCUCUCUCCCCCUCUCUUUCCUUUCCUCUCUCAUGUCCUCUCCCUUGCUCCUGUCUCCCCUUUUUCCUCUCUCCUCCUUUUUCUUC